AUGGUAGGCUUCCAUUUGGAGUGGAUAGUUCUUGUGCCCAUUUUAGUGGCCGUCUUGUGGAUUCUUCCCGCAAAACUUGAACGUCGAGAUGCUGCCUUGAACAUUGCUUGGCCUCGUGAACCCAUUCCCGAGCACGGUCAUAUUGUGACAAUUCGGCAUUCCCAAGAAGACAUUGAACGAUAUGUGAUCAAUGAAGGUCGCCCACAAGACAAGAAUUCUCUCUUAGUCGCCCCUCAGGCUGAUGUCUACUAUGAAGCGUUGAUUCACACAGAUGAAGAGACCGGAGAGACAAACUGCAAGAAGAGCUUUGUCAUCUUGCCCGGAACCAGUUCGCAAACAUGGAUCUUUCAUGAUUUCAUUGAUAGAAUGCAUCAUGAACUGGGAUUUUGUACUUUGGUCUUUGACUGGAGAGCGCAUGGACGCAGCGAAGACACCCCUGGUGAUUUGACAUCUGAGUUGUUUAUGUUGGAUGCUGCGGCCAUCAUUCAAAAAGUUUUUCCAUCCAACCAACCGGUCCAUAUCUUUGGUUGGAGCCUUGGUGGUUUUGUAGGCUACCAACUUGCAAUCUACAAACCAGAAAUUGUCAAGUCAUUGUUCGUCUAUGGGUCCACGUCUUGCUGGGGGCCCAUUGCCCCAGGUUCUACCGAGUGUCUUGGUGAAACUAACUUUCUCAAGAUCUUCUUCAGUCAAGAAACUAUAAUGCGGCUGAUAGGACUUGAGAAUGAAGUAGAGUUGGCUAGGAUUUUUGGACGCGGAAAAGAACCACUGACCAAGGUGGUGCAUCAGUUCUUUUAUACCUUGCGAAUGGGAACGAAAGUCAAGACACCCAAAGUCUGGCUAAAGUUGCAAGGAGUCAAGACGUUCAACCAGUUGGACCGCAUCAGAUGCCCUUUUCAACAACUUGCUGGUGAACACGAACACCUAGCGACCGGCUCAACCUUGCAUUCCAUGGAAGUGGAGGCAUCCAAGAUUUCGAAGGCAGAGCACCCAAUCCUGCUGAAUGAUCCUGAAGGAAAAGGCUUUUCCCACUUUGCUCUCCUUGAGGAAGGUGGACUGGAUCUUUUCAUGGAGCAUCUGAAGCCAUUCUACAACAAACACGCAUAA